UCCCCAUUCCCCACAACCCAAAUACCCAUGCAACACCUAAGAUUAUUUUUGUAAUCCCAAAAUGGCCCUUUUCUCUCGCUUCCUCCUGUCCUCUUUUCUCUUUCUAGGAUUUGUGGCCUUGGCAAAAGCUGGAGACUUUUCAAUAGUUGGAUACUCUCCUGAGGACUUGGCCUCUGAUGAAGGGCUCAUCUCCCUCUUUCAAUCAUGGGCUUCAAAGCAUGGCAAAGUGUAUAGGGAUUUUGAGGAAAAAUUGAGGAGGUUUGAAAUUUUUAAGGACAACAUAAAGUGGAUUGAUGAGACAAAUAGGGAGAACAAGAGCUACUGGCUUGGGCUUAAUGAAUUUGCAGAUAUGAGCCAUGAAGAGUUUAAGGAGAAGUAUUUGGGGGUGAAACCCAUAUUUCCUAAGAGGAAUGGAGGCCAAAACUUUAGGUAUAAGGAUGUUGAGAACAUUCCCAAGUCUAUGGAUUGGAGAAAGAAGGGAGCUGUUAUUGGGGUGAAGAACCAAGGGCAAUGUGGGAGUUGUUGGGCCUUCUCAACAGUAGCAGCCGUAGAGGGCAUCAACAAGAUUAUUACAGGGAACGUAACCUCCCUCUCAGAGCAAGAGUUGAUAGAUUGUGACACAAGGAACGACGGGUGCAAUGGUGGUCUCAUGGAUUAUGCUUUCUCCUACAUCAUAUCCAAUGGUGGAAUCCAUGCUGAGGAAGACUAUCCGUAUCUCAUGAAAGAAUCAGAAUGCCAAGAGAAAAAGGGAGAUUUGAAGGUAGUGACAAUUAAUGGCUACGAAGACGUGCCUGAAAACGAUGAAAGAAGCCUCCUAAAAGCCCUGGCUCAUCAACCAGUUAGCAUUGCCAUAGAGGCAUCUGGCAGAGACUUCCAGUUCUACAGUGGGGGAGUUUUUAAUGGGCAUUGUGGAACUAAACUUGACCAUGGAGUAGCUGCAGUUGGUUAUGGCACAACUAAAGGAUUGGACUACAUCAUUGUGAAGAAUUCAUGGGGGCCAAAAUGGGGAGAAAAAGGUUAUAUCAGAAUGAAAAGGAAUAUAGGCAAGCCUGAGGGCCUAUGUGGCAUUUAUAAGAUGGCAUCUUACCCUACCAAAAACAUUUAAUCUUGAGAUUGGGUCUCCCUCUUCCACUGCACCAAACUGUUUGCUCAAUAACAGUCCAUCUUGCCUUGUAGGCAAACAUUAUCAAUUGAUCAUGUUUUAGUCUCUCUUUAUUAUUCAAGAUUAUCAAUUAAUCAUGUUGUAAUCUCUCGUUAUUAUUCAUAUUAAAGUUUUCAAUCAAGUCUUCAA